AGUCAGUAAAUGAAAUAGUGUAAUGUAUAAACAAAAUAUCGUCAGUGCAUACAAUUAUUCUUUGGUGCAUAAUUAUUAUACUAUGUACAGUAGUCAGGAUGGACGACGAAAGUACGUCUUCCGCAGCAGCCAGCAGGCUGGAUAUGAAGCAUGGUUUUGUAAAGCAAAUCAUUCGAAACCAAGUAAGCAGAGAUGAAUACGACAAGGAGGUGAAGACCUCUCAACAACUUAAAAAAAACAAAAAAAGAACUGAAAUCUCAAGGGGUACCCGAGAAUAUUACCUACCACCACAAAUGAGGAAGGGGGCCGAGGAAAAUACAGAAGUAAGUAAACAAGAAAACAUUCUAGAAACCGCAGAACAGAGCGAGCUGGAAAGUAAAGAAGACAGGGAAAAUGUAGAAACAAAAGAACAAGAAGAUGUAGAAGCAAAAGAACAAGAAGAUGUAGAAGCAAAAGAACAAGAUGAUGUUGAAGCAAAAGAAGAAGAGCCACAGAAAGAGUCAGAAGAAUUUUUAGUUGUACUCUUCAAACUUGAAUAUACAGACCAUCACGGGCAAAUUCAUAACAGAGUAGUAUACAAGGGUGAGAAUGCCAAAGAUAUUGCCAACGAAUUGGCCAUGAAAACUGAGCUUGGUGAAAUUCCGUGCAAAAAACUUGAAGUAAUAAUAUCAAAGAACAUCCAGAAACACUUAGAUCGAAUAUUGUCAAGGAAACUUCUACAACAAACAUGAGUCUGCUGGCAGAACUUUUGAAACUGUCUGGAGUAACUGGAGCUAUUGCUUAUUUUUAAAUCCUGUUAAAAACAUUAAAUACAGAAGCUAAUGAGUUGUAC